AUGCCCCUCUCCUUCCGAACGCUCAUUUCGCUCGCUGCAGCAGCACGGAUCGUCUCCGCCGCUACAGUUGGGCCAGUUGGCUCGCUCGUCGUCGCCAACAAAACAAUCUCUCCCGAUGGCAUCCCUCGCGCCGCUGUGCUGGCCGGGGGUACUUUCCCUGGAACGCUUGUCACAGGGAACAUCAGCGAUAACUUCCAGCUCACGGUCGUCGACCAGCAAGAGGACAACCGCAUGCUCGAGCCGACAUCAAUCCACUGGCAUGGUCUGUUCCAGAAUGGGACCAACUACAUGGACGGGCCCGCGUUCAUCAACCAGUGCCCCAUCUCACCGGGGAACUCUUUCACAUACGACUUUACCACCACACAAUCUGGGACAUUCUGGUAUCACUCACACCUCGCCACCCAGUACUGCGACGGUCUGCGCGGUGCCAUGGUCAUCUACGAUCCCGCAGACGCGUACCUCUCACAGUACGACGUUGACGACGAGUCUACCGUGAUCACUCUGGCCGACUGGUACAACGUUUUCGCGGAGACUGUCACCGGUGUCGGAACGCCCUCUUCGAUGCUCAUCAACGGUCUCGGACGUACCGCGGACACGCUUUCAAAUACAACCCUGGCCGUGAUCAACGUCACACAAGGCCUGCGCUACCGCUUCCGCUUGGUCAACAUCGCCUGCGACUCCAACUACGUCUUCCAGAUCGACGGCCACACGAAUCUCACCAUCAUCGAGGCCGACGGGAUCCUUCACGAGCCAUUGAGCGUCGACUCGAUCCAGAUCUGGGCGGCCCAGCGAUAUUCAUUCAUCCUGACGGCCGAUCAAGCCAUCGACAACUACUGGAUUCGGGCCGACCCGAGCACCGGUCCCACCGGCUUCACGGGCGGCAUCAACUCUGCGAUCUUACGCUACCAAGGAGCCAACGAUUCGGAGCCGACGACUUCCCAGGACAAUUCCACCAACGGAUUGGUCAACGAGGUCGACCUGCACCCGCUUGUGAGCCCUGGUGCUCCCGGUGGCGCAUAUGUCGGGGGCGCCGAUGUACAGUUGAACAUGGAUCUUGCGUUUAACACGUCUACCUUCAAAUUCACGAUCAACGGCACAUCCUUCGUUCCACCCACUGUUCCUGUCCUUCUCCAGAUUCUGUCUGGAGCGCAAACCGCGCAGUCGCUUCUCCCCAAUGGCUCAGUCUACACGCUUCCGCACUUUGCGUCGGUCGAAAUCACGCUUCCAGGAGGCGUUGUUGGCGGCGGUCACCCAUUCCACUUGCACGGACACGUUUUUGAUGUGAUCCGCGCAGCGGGAAGCAGCACGUACAACUACGUCAACCCCGCUCGCCGUGAUGUCGUGAACAUUGGAGACUCGGGCGACAAUGUGACCAUUCGAUUCUACACGGACAACCGCGGACCGUGGUUCCUUCACUGCCACAUCGACUGGCAUUUGGAAGCUGGUUUUGCUGUCGUGCUGGCCGAGGACGUGGAUGACUGGGAUGCGGAGCUGGUCCCAACUUCCGAAUGGAGCGAUCUGUGUCCCACGUACAACGCACUCCCAGCGUCAAUCACAUCCCUUGCUGCCUGAGCAACCUUCGAAUUAUACAUUUGAUCUUUAACUGUCUUUACUCCGUCCAAAUCUAUUCCCAUUGAAUAUAUCUUUGCAACUG